AUGACCUUUCUUGCUCAUACGACAUCGCCCUUCUUCAACCCGGACCGUAAUCCCCUCCUGCACUUUCUCCUGAAACGAACAUUCUACGCCCAAUUCUGUGCAGGAGAGACGCCCCCAGAGGUCCGCGUGACCAUCGCAGACCUAAAAAACAUUGGCUUUGGAGGAGUGAUUCUGGGUCAUGCCAAAGAAGUGGUCCUCAGCAAGGAAGAGUUGGAAAGUCUCAGUGCGCAACCCACUGCCAUGGAUCAAGCUCAGGUGGACGCUGGAGAAGUUGCCACUUGGAGAGAGAACACCAUCAGCACGAUCGAACUCACGCAGAGAGGUGACUACGUAGCCCUCAAGUUCAGUGGGGCAGGACGUCAAGCACUGCGGCGCCUUAAAGCCACGGUCGCUUGCUCACCCGAAUUUCAAGAUGCUGUCCAUGAUAUCUGCAAGCGUGCGGAGCAAAGAGGCGUUGGACUUCUAUUUGAUGCCGAACAGGCGUCAUUGCAAGAAGGCAUCGACAACUGGACCAUGUACUUCGCCAAGAUAUACAACAAAGAGAAGGCAGUGGUAUAUGGCACAUAUCAGGCAUAUGCAAAACGAACUCCUUCAAACCUCGCAAGUCACCUUGAGUUGGCUCGAAGGGAGGGAUUUGUCCUGGGAGUCAAGCUCGUCCGAGGGGCGUACAUGGGCAGCGAUCCGAGAGAGCUACUCUGGGGAACAAUUGACGAAACCCACAAAUGCUACAACAGCAUUGCCAGAGCCAUCAUGCAGAAACGGUACCAAGGCAUUCUCCAGCCUGUGGAAGGUGCCUCUAUGGAGUUCCCCCGUGUGAGUCUCGUCCUUGCAACCCACAAUGCAGAGUCGGUCAGACUUGCGAGAGAAUUGCGAGACGAGCAAGCGCGCAAUGGUGAAGAGCGAAUCGAGUUGGCUUAUGGCCAGUUGAUGGGGAUGGCAGACAACGUUAGCUGUGAGGUGGUUCAGACAGCAAGGACCCGCCUAGAGUCACACGGCAGUAAUCCUGACGUGGAGGUUCCCAAGGCAUAUAAGUACCUGGUGUGGGGUAGGAUGGGGGAAUGCAUGAAAUAUCUCCUUCGACGAGCACAUGAGAAUAAAGACGCUGUGAGCAGGACCGUCGAUGCAAGGCGCGCGUUGGGUCGGGAGUUGGGCAUCAGGGCUGCUUUCUGGCGUUCGGUUUGA